CACCCCUAUUCGAAGUUAAGUAUUCUACUUCCUGUUCCGGUUUAUCGGAGCUGAGUUGGUGCCAGGUUGUCGAAAGUGAAACCGUAGCGACUUUUCAGGCUUUUAACUUCCAAAAUUACAAAAAUGAGAGCGCCGUGGGUCUUGUAUGUAUUCUGUUUGGUUUUGUGGUGCUCUAUCGCGUGUUCCAGCACCGAUGAUGGAGUUGGCCCAGUGGAGCAGCUGGAUCAAGAGUUCGAAGAGGAAGAGGAAAUCUUUGCUGAGGAUGAGCCUGGAGGUGAACAGGCACCAUCUCAGGGUAAGGAGUCUGGUACGGGACUGGCACUGUUCCUGGGAGCGCUGGGUGUGCUGGGCCUGGCGGUGAUGCUGGGCAGGAACAGGGAGCCAGCGAGAACAACAGGCACCGGUCCAAGCAGAGAGGAACUUCGCGCUCAAAGGCUUGCAAAGCUGGGACAACUGUCUGGAGGUAUAGACCGUACCUUUCCGCCUGCACCAGAUGAUCAGAAUGUACAAACAUCCACUCCAGCAGUUCAAGAUAAUGGUGAAACUCCAAAACCAGUCCAGACAAUGUCUUCAUACACACACCUAGAUAAACAAAAGCCUAUCAGCAAAAGUAAACCUGCGGAAAAACUGGAUACACCUACUGAAGCAAGAGGAAAAGAGUCUAAAGUAACAAGAGAAGAUCAACCAGCUACCAACCAGUCGAUAACAGCACUACAGGCUAUGAGUACUGACACAGGGAAAGUGGAAAAUAGAUCUGUUGCAAUAAAUAGGGAAACAAAAGGGCCAUCAAAGGAAACUCAGAAAGCAAAGCCAAAACCACCCCCAAAGGAGGUCCCCCUUGAACAGCUACUGCUGUCAACAUUGUCAAAGGUUUUUGAUAUCAAGGUCGAGUUGGCCACACAGGGAAACACAAAGGCCCAGGCUUUUAAGGUGCUGUAUCUGACCCCUGGGGAGCUCCCCACCCCAGGGGAGGACAUGGUGGGGAAGGUGGUGGAAAUCUUUGACAGACGAAUGAGGUGGCAGUACGACAAGGUCAAGUUCUUGUGCCAGUGUUACGGGGAAUGUGAAGCAAUACUCAGGGACAACGGCAAUGAAGUGUUGGGCACUCUAGCGGAAUGUGUGAAGGAUCUCGUGGUACCGGCUUUGUUAGAGGAACUGAAGGGGAAAAGUGAGGAAAAAGGUGACCUGUGGUCAGAUGGAAAAAGUGGGAAUGAGGGUGCCCUGUACUUGUUCCUGUCGAGAGCUGCUGGCUGGUCAGAUGAUGGAGUGAAUGUCACCCAGGGUCUGCUGGCAGCCAUGAUGGAUCAGGCAGUGCAUGACAAGUCCUUCCACCCCACCAUGGUGAAGCUGGUCAAAGUGGCUGUAGACAGAAUCAAGACUGUCAAAAGAAUGGAUGAGAUCCUUCUCCAGGAGGGCACCAUGCUGACCGCGCUGGACGCUGUCCUGUCCCAGCCGGGGAUGACCACCAUCAUGGCCGCAGCGCUGGACCGGGAGGUGGAGGAGGGCUGCCACAACCUGGGCAUCUACUUUGAGCAGAAGUCCAUCCUGGGCACCCUGCUGUCACUGACGACCAUUGUGCCAAUGGAGCGCUACAUGUUCCCUUCCCCUGCCACCCUUCCCUUCAUGUCCCUGCGUGGGUUCCCCAAACCAACCGUGGAUGACCUGCGGAUCGUAGAGCAGCACGUACACGAAGGACUGCACCGCAUCCACGAGGUCGUGCACGGGACCUUCCGCAGGAUGAUGAAGACGCACAAGGAGACCGUUCUGGCGUGGAUUGCUGCCAUCUUGAAUAUGAAUGAGCUGCGGACGACCGUGAGUCCACAGAUGGGACAGCAGAUGCAAGCUGCCUGUGGGGAUGGCUACAUGUUAAACCUGAGUGCGGUGCUGCUCCAUCUCUGCAUGCCUAUUGUGAGGGGAGGGCAGGACAAGCUGGCCAAGGUGGACCCUGCCUACUCCAAGUCACAGCCCUGCCGGCUCAACUAUGAGUUUGAGACAUGUCUGGCAGGAGGACAGAUAGUAUCUGAGGAGUCGAAAGGUGCAGAAAAGUGUCGUGUUCCAGAGGAACUUCAAGGUCAAUUCAACUUCAUGACAGAGAUUUUCCACCUGACCCAGCGAGCCCUGAACGUUGGUCUGAUACCAGCACUGGCCCAUCACCAGAGGCUGAACAGGGACAUCCAGGUGCACCUGAAUGCCAAACAGGGAACAGCUGAGGAGGAGAUGGUCAAGAAGAUUCAGAUGCUGCUUGUGACGACCUGGGAUUGUUGCCUGAAUGACCCCGUGUUCGUACAAGGUGUGACGGAGUUCUACCUGUCCCAGUCCAGGUGGCUCCAGCUGCAGCUGGACACCUGUCAGCAGCAGGGUCUGAAGGAGACAGAGGUACAGAGACAGCAGAAGCGUGUGUUCUCCCAGCUGCCUGAGUUCCUGGUGAAGGACAUGGCCACAUGGUUCAGGUUUGUGGUCACCAACUCCAUGGUGGUCCAUCCCAGCAUCCUCCAGGGCAUUCAGUUGUCCCCAUUUGUGGACUGCUGUGUGACCCUGCUGGAGCGCCCAGACCUGAUGCCAGGCCCCAUCCCUGCCAGUAAGAUUGUGGGAACCCUGCUGUCCUUCACCGAGUCAGGCAAGAGGAAGAGAGGUUCCCAAGGCUGGGGCACAGGUAUCAUGACAGACCUGGCAGCCAUGGUGCACACCUGUCCCAGUGUACAGACAGGGCUGGGGCCUGCCCUGCUGCACACAUACGUCAGUGUGGAUGUUGUGGAGGGGCUAGACGUGGACAAAGAUGACUUUGACAAAUAUGGGUCAAGGUUUGAGAUUGCCAAGUUGCUGGAGAGUCUGUGGCAGUGGCAGGACUGUAGGGCUUCUGUACUCAACAUGUGUGGCACCGACAAGUUCCAGGCCUUCCUUGGAGCGAUCCUGGACACCCUGUUGUACCAGCUCCACGACAGCCUGGCCAGACUGGCGAACGUCAGGAAGAUCCAGAAGGCCAAGGAGGAUGAAGCUAGCUGGAAAGCCCUGUCUAUAGAGGAGAGGGAGGAGAAACAGAAGUUCCUGACAAAUGAAGAACGUGUUGGCAAGAGCUUCAUGAACCUGGCUAACAGUACCCUGGGGCUCAUUGACCUGCUGACCCAGUCCGAGGAAGUGUGCAAGUGUUUCACCACAGCUCCCCUGUCCCAGAGAUCUGCCUCUGCUGUGAUUGGGUUUAUCGGAGCUCUCUGUGGGCCCAAGGCAAGUGAACUGAAGGUCAAGGACAUGGAGAAAUAUAACUUCAACCCACGGCAGCUGCUGCUACAGAUUGUGCGUGUCAUCCUGAGAAUCGGUAGGGAAGAGGCGCUGGACAAAGAUGGUUUCAUUGUGAGCAUGUCCACAGACACAGACUACAGCCCCAAGUACAUGGAGAAGGCCUACAGUGUGCUGGUCCGGGACAGUGUCAUCGACCCUACUGAGAUGCAACAGUUCCAGAAGAUGCUGGAAGAGAUGAAUGUCCUGCAUGAAGCAGCUGUAGAGGAGGCCCCAGCUGUGACACCUGGCUCCCACCUGCCCAGCUGGGUGGAGCAGGUGGAGGCUGUGCAGCUGGAUGCAGUUGUGCUGGCUGAGAAGUAUGUCCUGGCUCUGGGGGACAUGAGGUUUGAUGCAGCUGAACUGCAGGAUUACCACAGUUUCCAACAAAAUGCCUCGGAGGCGCUGGAUCCAAGGUCACCGAAGGUCAAGGCACUGAUGAAGGAGAUCAAGCAGCUCCAGUCCAACCUGCCGGUCCACCCGGGGGCGGCCGUCUUCGUCCGACAGGAUGAGGACCGUAUGGACAUGGUGCGGGCGCUGGUGACAGGUCCUGUGGACACACCCUACAGCCUGGGCUGUUUUGUGUUUGAUGUCUACUUCCCUGAUGGCUACCCAAACAGGGCUCCUGUGGUUAAACUCAUCACUACUGGCAAUGGCACUGUCAGGUUCAACCCUAACCUGUAUGCAGAUGGGAAGGUGUGCCUGAGUCUGCUGGGUACGUGGCAUGGAGGGGACGCCAGUGAGAAGUGGAACCCAAAAACAUCAACUCUGUACCAGGUGUUGGUGUCCAUCCAGAGCCUCAUCCUCAUCUCAGACCCCAUGUACAAUGAACCAGGGUAUGAUGGGAUGAAGGGGACAGCAGAGACUGAGGAACAAAGUGCCAAAUACAACAACAAGCUGCAGGUGGACACAGUGAGAUGGGCCAUGCUGCACCAGAUCAGGCAGCCUCCUGUUGGUUUUGAAGACGUGAUCAGGAGGCAUUUCUUCCUGCAGAAGGAAGCCGUCCUGCAGCAGUGCUGCCGCUGGCUGCGGGACUGCAGGGACGUGGAAAAACUCCCCAAACUCAGACGGGCCGUGGAGGAACUGAAGACUGAACUAGACAAACUGGAAGACAUUGCAGACAUAGAGGAGGAGGGAGAUGAAGAUGAAGAAGAUGACUAGUUUGCUCUGCUAUGUACAUGUUCAAAGAAGAAAGAGAUUCCCUAAUAUAAAGGAUCCUAUUGUAUUUUUAUGUCCUUAUGUUGUUAGGCCUAGGGAAAUUGGUGCUGUGUUUCUAACUACAUUCCUGGAAAAAGGGUCAGUAGUAAUAGGAGUUCUCUUUUUUUUUCUUUUAGAUCUUGGUUGAAGUGAUGGAGCACUUUAACAAUUUUAAACUGAAAUGCAUUAGGACACUGGUAUUUUCAACAUCAUAUUUGUAAUUGGACAGAUAUACAUUGUACAAGCACAAGUAUAUUCAUGAACUGAACAAAGAAGUACAUGUACAUUGUUUACCACGCACUCUUACAUCAAUUGUUCAAAGCCUUACAGGACACUAGUAUGAAAUAACGUUACACUGUUUUGACUUUCAUCACUCAGAUGUUUCAUGGAGAAUUCCAUUUCCCUUGCCAGCAGUCGGUCCCAAAAGAAGGAUUGAUCGGGUAACUGGAAACACAUCUUUUUUCCCUGGGCCCUACAAUAUACAUACAUGUUAGUGAAGAGAAAAGAAAAGAAGGAAGCUAUUUGAAUAUAACAGCUCUAAUCAAACGUUUAUGUUCUCAUCUUGUUACCAUAUCUGGCUGUUGUGCAUGAAAUUUAGAAAUUAGAGAUGUUAGUCGGUAAAUACACCAACUUGUGUAUCUCAUGUUGAUGUAAUUUUGUUGCCAUUCCAGUUAAGCACAAGGUUUAAUUCUGUAUUUUUGCUGUUUAUACACUGUUGGCCUGUUCUCAUUGGUACAACAGCAUUACAUAUUGUGCAGUGCUGAUGCAGAUCAGAUUGAUAAAGAGAAGAACCACUAUUUGUCCUACAAACAGAUGAGCCAUGAAUGCUGAUGUAGUGAUUGUUAGAUUCAUGUUUAACAAAACCUCAAUGGAAAAAGUAGGUAACGCUAGUUCACCUUUAUCCAUUGGGUAACCUAAAUCCAUUGUUUUGAAAGCUGGGUAUUAGCAGGUAUCACGUCCACAGGCGGUGUUUUUAAACAUGUUAAAUUUUCAAAAUAUUGUGGUUAUUUUCAAAAUAUUUCAAUGUCCAUCGACUUGGUAAACCUAAAUAACCUGUUUUUAAAAACAAUGAAUAUGGGGUACCCCAUGGAUAAAGGUGAACUAGCGUUAGUAAAUCCAUUUUAAUUUGUUUAUUUCCCAUGAUGAUGUCAAGGAAAACGUUCUCAUUUUGCUGAAGUUAGUUAUUAUUUAGAAUACAGUCAAAUAUGGUCCUAACUACCACUCAAAUGACUGAAGAAAAACGGUUGGUGAUUAGGAGUGGUUGGUCCAGAUCUAGACAAGAGGGUCUAACUGUGUAAAAUUGGACAAGACUUUUUAAACAUAACAUACAAUGUAAGACUGGAGGUGUUUGGCUGGCCAGGUGUUAAUGUAAUUAAUUCAAGAUAUAUACAAAGUAGUAUUAGGGGAAAUACCUACAAAAAGUAUUUCCUGGCUAUUCCACACAUGAAUAGUACAGCCAUGGAUACACAUUCACAUGCACAUUCACAAAGGUUUGGAUUCCAUGAAUGCCACAACAGUGCAUUUAGCAUUCUGUGUUAGUACAGUGACUAUGAUUCAUCCUCCAUUAAAAUGUGUUUUAACAACUGA